UUAACAGCCGCAGGGUGACCUUUUUGUAGUUGCUUCUCAACACCCUUUGGAAAUUGCACAACGAACCGAGCAGUUGAAAUCACUUGGAGUACCAAUGUUUUUGCAUUUAUCAGCACUCAUCUUAAAAUGUCAAACAGUUCCAUAUUAGAAAAGACUUUGGAUGAAAUAAUUGGCGAGAAACAUCAAGAUAGAAGAAGAAAUAAAGGCUCUUCUCAUAACAGAAGAGGUGUGAGCAAAAAUCCUAGAGGGUUUAAUUCGAGAUCACCAAGGCCUAGACCAAGAUCAAGAUCAAGACCACGAUCUCGACCAAGAGUUUCUGCAUCACCAAUUGAAGAAAUAAGACCAUCAGAAUUGGAGUCAUUAAGUGAAAGAACUCCUUAUCUUAAAGUGAAAAAUUUGCAUUAUGAUUUGACUCAAAAAGAUUUGACUGAGCUUUUUGAAAGAAUUGCCCCAGUAAAGUUCACAAGAAUUCAAUAUAAUACCAGUGGUGGUUCAACUGGUGUCGCUUAUGUUUGUUUCACUGAUCCAUCCUUUAAUAAUUUGGCGAUUGAAAAAUACGAUGGCAAAAAAGCUGCUGGUCAAAUUAUAAGUGUUCAAAAUGGUGUUCCAUUAAAAGAUCGUUUAAGUUCUCCAGUACCACGACAACCAGCUUCAUUUCGUUCUCGUGGUCGUCCUCGUGGUCCAAGAGGUAGAUUUAAUGAGAAUAAAAGAAGACCAGCAGAAAAUAGGAAAACAUUGGAAGAUUUAGAUGACGAGUUAUCAAAUUAUAUGAAUGGUGAAAGGAAUCAAACAGAACCUAAUCCAGAUGCAUUAAAUGGGAACGAUAACCUCAAUCAAGUUACAAAAGACACUAGUGGUUUAGAUGCUGAACUUGACAGUUAUAUGAAUGAAACUUCAACAAACACUCGAUUUCCAGCUGUUUAAUCGUGUAUUAUUAAAAGAAAUUUUUAAUUUCAUAUUUGUUUCAUUUUAUUUCAUUUUAUUUUAUUUUAUCUGGUUUUACAUUUUCGUUUAAUAAUAUUAUAUAGUAUAUUAUAAUAAAG